AUGAGAUGGUUAUUCGGGCCGUUAUUGGUGGCGCUGUCGUUCCUGACGCUGGCGCCGGUGGGUUUAUCCACGGCCACCGACCGGGAAAUCUCGCGCUCCCGGGGUUGGUACCCGUUGGUGGGGCUGCUGUACGGCCUGCUGCUGGUGGGCGUGGCCGAGUUAUGCCGCUGGCUUCGCAUCGAGGCGCCACUCACGGCGGCGUUGCUGGUGGCUGCUCUGGCAGUAUCCAACCGAUUUCUGCACCUGGACGGCUUGAUGGACGUGUGCGACGGCGUUUGGGGUGGAAGGACCGUGGAGCGACGUCUGGAGAUAAUGCGGGAUUCGCGAGUGGGCGCCUUUGCGGUGGCGGGAGCCGGGUGCGUAUUGCUGGUGAAAUACGGCGCGCUGACCACGCUGUUGGCAGGCGACGGGACGGUGUGGCCGGCGCUGCUGUUCUUCCCGAUCGUUGCGCGCUGGACGAUGACGCUGUUGCUCACGGUGUUUCCGUACGGUCGCCAACAGGGGAUAGGAACGGCUUUCACUUCGGGGGGAAAGCCGUGGCUGGCGACGGCGUGGGCCUUGGUGUUUGCCGGGUUGAUUGCGGCAGGAACCGGCGGCGUAGCCGGACUGGCGGUAUGGGCCGGCGUAUCGGUUCUUGCUCUCCUGAUGGGGAUGGUGUUGGCCAAAAAGCUGGGCGGCGGGUUGACUGGCGAUUGCUACGGCGCCGUCAACGAGAUGGUGGAGUCGGCGGCCCUGAUCGUUUUGGUUGCGCUGCUGGCGCGGGGCUGGUUCGGGCCUCCCUUCGCGUGGUUCGGGCUGGUCACGGGUUAA